GCACUCGGUCAAUGUUUGUGUUUAUUCAGGCGUGAUUUUCGUUUGACUAUAAGUUACCGUGCCAAAUCGUCAUGGACACACAAUACGGAGGAGGGAGCAAAGCCGACCCAGUGCAGAUUACGGAAGAUGAAGCAGCUGUGUAUGACCGCCAGAUCCGAUUAUGGGGCCUCGAAGCUCAGCAACGAAUGCGAAAUGCCACCAUCUUGGUUAUCCGAUUACGGGGUACUGCGACGGAAGCAAUCAAAAACAUCGUUUUGGCGGGGAUAGGGAAACUUGUCAUUUUCGAUGACGAAGAAGUCAAGGAUGAGGAUUUAGGAGCUGGCUUCUUUUUCAGAGACGAGGAUGUGGGGAAAAAGAGAGUGGAUGCCGCGAAGGCUCGAAUAGAGGCACUGAAUCCGCUUGUCACGGUACAAGCCCUGAGACAUCCGACGCUUUUAGAGCAGGAAUCUCUCAAUGCAUUGAUUAUGAGCGUUGAUUUAGUUUGCGUAACGGAUUGGGACCGUGAAGGCUUGAUCAAGAUCAAUGACACUUGCCGGCAGUUCGGGAAGCCGUUCUAUGCUGGUGGUACAUUUGGCUUGCUCGGUUACGUCUUCUGCGACCUCCUCAAACACGAGUACAUUUCUCCUGACCGGUCUGCGCCCAAAGAAGCACCAAAGAAUGUGAAAGCGUGUGCGUUCUACUCACGGUUGGAUAUGGCGUUGCAGCAUCGGUGGACAGGUCUUACAAAACGGCAGACAAAAGAAAUUAACCCCGCCGUGGUGCAUAUCAUUCUGGCCCUUUGGGAGUAUCAAAACACCUAUGAAGGGAAACUUCCGGACGACAUGGACGCAGCCCCUGAGCUAGGGAAGAUAGCCAACUCCAUCCUCACUGCAUCGGACGUCAACCGACAAGUUCUGACUUCAAUUCCGCAGGACCUGAUCGGUGCGAUGUGCACAUCAGCUGCGCAUGAGUUCUCGCCAACAUGCGCAGUAGUUGGAGGAAUGUUGGCGCAGGACAUCCUGAAAGCCCUCGCCGCUCGAGAAGCGCCGAUAGCAAACUUUUUCACGUUCGAUGGAAACACAGGUACUGGAUCGGUAUGUAAGAUGAACAUGUAGUUGAUGCUCUUGGCGGUUGGCUAGACCGAUAUUCGUUAAAUAUUUUAUAUUCCGUUGGUGUGAUCUGUUGUCUAUUGACUUAUAUCACCAAGAUCACCACGGCGAUGCCGAAGCGGUGUUAUAAUAAUUUCAAAGUAGGCCAAGCAUAGGCCAGCGUGCGUGGGAGUAACCAAUUAGUUCAGGUUUAGAC